AUUUCUGUUCGAAAUGGCCGAGGCUGUUGUGCAAAAGCUAAAAUCCGAAGUUGAAGGCUCUGGAAUGUCUCCGGCAGUGAUUAACGGCAUUUUUGCAAUUGCAAUGAAGUAUAAACCUGAGGAAGGAACAAAACCAACAACAAGCGAGGCUAUGAUGAAAUUAUUCGGGUUGCUCGGCGAGCUAGAAGCAUUUAUCAACACGCAAUCAUCCUCCAAUCAAAAAGUCUACUAUGCUCUGCUGGAGAAAAAGCGGGACGAGAUGAUUGCUUCCAUUCAGAAGUAUUUCUAACAUUGCUACUUUGAUUCUUCUCUUUUUAUCUUUUUAACGAAUCAUUUGUUCAGUAAACAUGUUCGCAAAUAGAACUAUUUGCUUUUACGUGAUAACUUUU